GCGGGCUCCUCAGCCUCCUUUCCCUAUCCACGCCGCCCAUUCUCUGGUUUUGCCAAAGACGAUUGAAACAUAACUUCAAACCCGGAUAUGUCGGACGAGGAACAUCACUUUGAAUCCAAGGCCGACGCCGGCGCUUCCAAAACCUAUCCUCAGCAGGCCGGCACCAUCCGCAAAAACGGCCAUAUCGUCAUCAAAGGCCGCCCCUGCAAGGUUGUUGAGGUUUCCACCUCCAAAACUGGGAAGCAUGGUCAUGCUAAGUGUCAUUUUGUUGCCAUUGACAUCUUCACUGCCAAGAAGCUGGAAGAUAUUGUUCCUUCUUCCCACAACUGUGAUGUUCCACAUGUCAAUCGUACUGACUAUCAGUUGAUUGACAUUUCUGAGGACGGAUUUGUGAGUUUGCUGACUGAUAGUGGAGACACUAAGGAUGAUCUGAGGCUCCCAACUGACGAGAGCUUGUUGAAACAGAUCAAGGAUGGUUUUGCCGACGGAAAAGACCUGGUUGUGUCUGUUAUGUCCGCAAUGGGGGAGGAGCAGAUCUGUGCUCUCAAGGACAUUGGUCCAAAGUAGUUUGAGAAUCUACUAAUUUUAUACAUGUAUUGCAAUUUUAGAUUAAAGUUUUUUACCCCCCAAAACAAAUUCAAUUGAUUUUCCUCUUGGACACUUGAGUUCUCUUUAUGUUUUAUCUGGAUAGAGAAAACACCAUUUAUUCUA